AUGAGUGCUGAAUGCUGGCGAGGUGUCAAAGUAAAUCUCCCUCAAUUGGCACGCUGGUGUUCGGCUUGCUCGCCGUUCAGUGCGUUAUUAUGCGUAGCUCAAAGCACGACGGAGGAUAUCGAGGAGCAGAAACUCAUCACCCCGAAUUCAACAGUCCUACGCAUCUCUUCCAUGUGA